AACGUCAUUAAGGAGCUUUGGUUUCAUCAUUCAAUCAAGCAAUUAUUGUAUUUCUGGGAGCUAGACGUCAAGAAUCUGCAGACAAACGUACAGUCGUAUGAUGUUUGAAGUGUAGCAUAGGAGCUUGCACCAUAUAAACAAAGGCCAACUAGAUCUUCUUCUCACAAUCUGGUUGAAGAACUCCAAGGGCCCAUUCCUCGAUCGGAUAUCCGAAUAUGCGGUGAAACUAAAAUUACAGAUGCUUUCCUGAUUCUCCGCCACCCUUUUCCUCUCAUAUAGUUUAUAUAAUUUGCUCGACUUUUUAUUGCCUUGUUCAUCAGACUCUGAAAAAAUAACUGAUUUUCUACCCCUUUUUUUUUUCCUGGUAACAUGUUUCAAAUCUUUUUCUUUUCACCUGCUAAUAUUUUACUCUGCGAGAAGGCCUUUCUUCCAAGAUCAAGCACUUAUAGUCCUUAUAGAGCUACAAACAUGGGGGAAUGUUGUUUCGGUUGGCAUUGCAUGCUAGAGAAUCAAUGAAAUGAAUAAAUAAGCAUUCAUAUGAGAGUGAACAUAAAAAUCACUUGCGUAUAAUCUUCAUUCUGCUUUGUUUUGUUCUAGCUAGCUCUACCAUAUUACUUUGAAAUUUCCAAUUUAUAUAAGAAUAUAUUCCGGAAAAAAAUCAUGUCCACAGAGGUUCAGAGGGUAGUGGUGAUCCAGGAUGCAUCAAAGGAUGUUAGUCUAGCCGCACUCAGAUGGGCACUGAAGGGUUUAUCACUAAAGCCUGGAGAUGUGAUUACCCUUGUUGGAGUUCUUCACCAGGUUAAUAACCCUUGUACGUUACCUUUCAUGAAACAUCGGAAAUUCAUGGGAUUCAAGACCAAGGUAGAUGAAACGAACCAGACAAUUGUUCAGAAAUUGGUUGCCGGAAAGAAUGAUGAGUACCAUAACAAUGUGGAGAUAAUGAAAAUUUCAGAGGAGUACGAGGCACAAAAGAUCGAGUUCUAUAUAGACGUGCAUGCAGGACCUUGUCCAAAGGUGGUUGCCGUUAAGGCUGCCAGAAAGCUGAGGGCAACAUGGGUGAUACUCGACAGGCAGAUGAAGCAAGACAAGAAAUACUUCAUGGAGAAGCUUUCGUGUGGUAUAUCAAGGAUGAAACGCGACAACAGCGUUCAACUUUUGAGAGGACCAAAAGCAAUGGGGGUUGGGGACAGCGCACCCUCGAAUACUGAAAGCAUCAGUGCCGGUGCGGUCCAUGUACCAUAUAAUGAAAUGGUACAAGGCAGCACAGAUGAAGAACUAUCUCCUAACAGAUUUCCAGGUGAUAAUCAGAAGAACAGCUUAGACAAAGGACAUUGUCCGGAUGGUUGUCAACCGCAAGUUCAUAGGAGUGAAGCCUCAAGUUCUAGUUGUACUGAGGCCAAGUGUUCACCUUUACAUUUUAAGGAGGAAGGAAACACCACAACUACGGAACAGAGAACAGGAGGAGAGCGAUCCGCACAGUCCAUUUCUGCGAAUCGAGAGAGUAGUCCAAAAGAAACAUCAAAUUUGGGGAGCCCACAUGAACAGCAAAACAACAAAAGUGGUUGGACAGAAAAGUGUCUGAUGGAGGAGGAAUUUCCUAACUCCGUGUGUUCUAUAUGCGAGAAUAGACGACCAAAAAUUGGAUGGAAGAGAGAAUUCACUUAUUCAGAACUCCAUGCCGCUACAAAGGGAUUUUCCCCAAAGAAUUUCCUAUCAGAAGGUGGAUUUGGUUCUGUCUACAGAGGAGUGAUGGAUGGGCUGAAGAUUGCCGUUAAGCAACACAAAAAUGCAAGCUUGCAAGGAGAGAAGGAAUUCAAGUCUGAAGUUCGUGUACUAAGCAAAGUCAGACAUAAGAAUCUGGUCAGACUGUUGGGGUCAUGUUCAGAAGGAAGCCACAGGCUACUCGUUUAUGAAUAUAUCUGCCAUGGUUCUUUGGAUCAACAUCUAUCAAAGCACAGCCGCAAACCCAUCAGCUGGGAUAAAAGGAUGAAAAUAGCUAUGGGAGUUGCCCAGGGCUUACAAUAUCUGCACAAAAACAAGGUCAUCCACAGAGAUAUGAGACCAAACAACAUCCUUAUAACCCAUGAUUACGAAGCUCUGCUUGGUGAUUUUGGUCUUGCAAGAACUCAACAUGAAGACACAAAUAACUCAUUAGAGACAAUGUUUGUUGGAACUUUGGGAUACUUGGCCCCAGAAUAUGCAGAAUGUGGGAAAGCAUCAACCAAGACAGACGUGUAUGCUUUUGGGGUGGUUCUAUUACAGCUAAUUACCGGGAUGAGGACAACUGACCGUAGACUUGGAGGGAAAAGUCUUGUGGGAUGGGCAAGACCGCUAUUGAAAGAGAAGAACUACCCGGCCUUAAUUGACGAGAGGAUUGUGGACUCGCACGAUGUCCACCAGCUGUUUUGGAUGGUUCGAGUAGCAGAAAAAUGUCUCUCAAAGGAUCCUGAUACGAGGUUAACGAUGGAUAAUGUGGUUCGGGCUUUAGAUUACAUAAUAGAAUGCAACCCAAUAUGUGGCAAAGUCUGCUCCCCAGCACGAUCAGACUCAUUCAGCAGCAUGCCUGUCACCCCUGACUCACAAGGCAGCAUGCAAGACUCCCCUGAAUCACAUGCUGAAGACGGAAGCAUUGUCAUGGCAUCUGCUUCCACAAUUAGCUCGUCCUCUAUGCCUAAAAAGUUUACUUGGGGCGGUGAAAACAUAGAUGAAAAUGAGACAGGAGUGCCUCCAACUAAUAGAGUGUUACUUUAUGAUGAGAUGAUGGUCGCCUAGAUACGAUGAUCCACAACUUCAUCUUCAGUGAUAGAUAAUUAAUCCGAGUUAAUAAAUAUAUAAUAUCCUAUUUUGCGGUCUAA